GAAUUCCCCAGCCACUUGGAGUCCACAAGUCUUAAAGUUCCCAAGUUUGGACCAAGCACACAGAGAACUUUGGGUCUCUUACCUGCUUAGGAGAACAGAACCUAAACAAUUGCUUGUCCAAAUAUUAUACUUUCUGUUAGUCCCCUCUCCAAACCCACUUUAAAACAAGCCUGUGUACACAUACACGAGUUGCGACAUAAUCCGACGCCUUUGGGUUGCCGGGACGACGAAAACUGAAAGCAGCCCUCCCCCUCUCCAACCCACCGGGGAAUCUCAGAGAUCGUUCGAUCGAGGCCGAAUCCUUAGAAUCCUUGAGGGAGUCUCGCGGCGCUCGAAAACACUACAUUACCCAAAGUGCUUUGCUGUCACCCAGCGACGCUCUGGGAAUGCCAAGCCGGGCUGCCUGGCGGGUGAGCUCCGCGGCCCUUGGAAGGGCUGCGUGGGGAUGAGGGCGCCCAUAUUCUGAGGGAAUGAAGGAGCGACGGUUUCUGAGCCGGGCGGGGCUGCACCGGCCUGGCCUGUGAGGGAAAGGAGGCGAGCGACCCAGGCUCCGCGAUGAGCUGUCGCUACGGAGGCGGAGGGAUGGUUUGCUCGCUCCUGGAUCUAUGCCUUAAUUGUUUAAGAAAAAACAUAUCCAAAUAUGGUGCAGAUAUUAAGUCUUUGCCUCCCAACAUAAAAGAUAAGCUGAUUAAAUCAUUGAGUAUUGAAGGAUCGAUAACAGAUACAAAUAUUAGCAUGGUUCUUCACCCUGCAGUGGAGGCACUGGAUCUUCGAGACUGUGACAUUUCAGACUAUGCCUUGCAACAGCUUUGUAACUGCAGGCAUCUUAAAAAGAUAAAUGUAAAUGUUUGGAAAAACAACAGGCUGACCAUAACUUCUGAAGGAGUUGCAGCACUGGCCUUAUCAUGCCCCUAUCUGCGGGAAGCCUCUUUUAAGAGAUGCAGCAACGUAACAGACAGUGGAAUCCUUGCUCUUGCCCUCAACUGCCCCCUUUUACAAAUAGUCAACAUAGGUGGAUGCUUCAACAUCACAGACACAUCUUUACAAGCCCUUGGACAGAACUGUAGAUCCCUGCACAGUGUUGAUUUCUCAUCAACCCAAGUCACUGAUGAUGGUGUAAUAGCACUUGUUAGUGGAAUGUGUUCAAAAAAUUUAAAGGAGAUCCACAUGGAACAUUGUGUUAAUUUGACGGAUAUAGCUGUGGAAGCUGUUCUCACAUAUUGCCCUAUGAUAUAUAUUCUGUUGUUUCACGGAUGCCCACUCGUAACAGAUCGCUCCCGAGAAGCACUGGAGCAGCUGGUUGGACCCAAAAAAUUCAAGCAGGUUUCAUGGACUGUUUAUUGAUUUUUGUUUGAAAUCACAAGGCAUUACUUCUUUAAUUCCCCCCCCCCCCCGCACAAAAGGACCAUUUCUGAGAGUCUUCUGAUUAAUCUGUACAUUUGCUGUUGAUACUGUAGUCUCAAGUUGGAGAAGAGCAAACAUGCUACUCAUGUUUCUUUUUCUCCAAGUUAGUGUUCUGCAGUUAUCAAUGUUCUGCAGUGUUUUGUGUUCAUGGAAGUUCGUGAAGAGGGCUUUAGGGCACUGCUUCUUUUAAAAAAAAUAACCAUGACACUUUUACCAAUAAAGGACCAACAGUAAAUAAGGAAAUGCAAAAAGCAGAGAGAACACCAGUAAGCUAAUGGAGCAAAUGUCAUGGAAGCAUCUUCUUGUGCUGCCUGUUCUGCUGUCAUUUAGGUGGAGACCAGUUCUAUUUCUAGUUGUCCCUUGUAACAGGAGCCAUGAUUUGUUUGUAUCUGAAUAAAACCUCCUUCAAGUUGUA